GACUUGCAGCAGGUGAUGGUGUCAGGACCAAACCUGAAUGAAACCAGUAUUGUGUCUGGAGGCUAUGGAGGGGCAGCAGAGGGCAUCAUACCCACCAGUUCCAUCAAAGAAUACCAAACCUAACUGACAGUGGCAGUCAAUGAGGAUUUUUUUUUUUAAUUUUAUUAUUAAAUUUCAUUUAUUAUGUUUCACAGUUGAAUAUCCAUUCUGAUUAGUCAACUUAAUAAUCAGAGGAGCCUUUAUUUAUGUUGUUAUUGUCUGUUUGUGAAGCAAGUAAAACAAAUAAAUAGAAAAUUGCCAAGACAAUGUAGUUCUAAUUUUAUAUUAAUGAAUAAAUACAUUUAUUUAUAUAUAUAUAUAUAUAUAUAUAUUGUGGCCAGUAAGAUUUUUUUUUUUUAAUAAUUUUUUAGAAUUUUAGAAUUUUAUUUUAAACAAAUGCAGUUGUUUUGAAUUUUUUAUUUAAAGAUUUGUCACUGUGUACUUAUUAUUUUUCCACAAAAAAUAAUAAGUACAACUGUUUUUACCAUUGACAAUUUUUUUUUUAAGCAUCAGUCAGGAAUAAAUUACAUUUUAAAAUAUAUUAAAAUAGAAAAGGGUUAUUUUGAAUUGUUUUUUUGUGUUUUUGAUCAAAUAAGUGCAGCCUCUGUGAGCAAUAAGAAACGUCUUACCAAACUUUUGAAUAUUAGUUUCUAUAUACUGUAUUCAUUUUAAUUCUUACAGUUUUUUUUUUAAGCAGAUUUGUAUUGACAGUCACUGUACAAAGUCAGUCCUUUUAGCAGCAACCUUAUCUUUCAUCUUCUACUUCUAUAAUUUUCAUCUCUUUUGGUCACCUUGUUCUUAACAAACCUCUGAACUUUCACUUUUAAGCUUUUCACUGUUCAUUUAUGAUAAAACAUCAUAAUUGUUCAUGCAUACAUCAUAAUCGUCAUUGUUUUGAUACAUGUUGAUUAUUCAAUCUAUGAAAUCAUGCAUUUGAUUAUGUUUUCUGUAAUCGCCACGUCAAAAUAAUCAUUGUGCCACCCAGUUCAUGUGCAUUACUCAUCCGCAUUACUACAGAACACUCGAUGUUGCAAUUUCCCUAAAGGCCUUUUACAUAAACUAAACCUCCAUCCCAUUCCUCCACCCGUCCACUGUUAUUCAUUCAUUUCAGACAUCCGCUCCAAAUCCAGGGGCAUCCCUCCCAGCCAUUCAGCCGCCAGUCGGAUAGCAAACCAGCCAGGACAUUACCCAGCUCCCAGCAUGCACCACAGCAACAGCAACCCAUCCAUGAUGUCAGAGGAGGCCGCAAGAGGAGUAGCUGUAGAGAAAUUUGACAGCGUGAAAAAGUGGAGCAUUAACACGUACAAGUGCACAAAACAGAUGUUUUCGGAGCGUUUUGGUCGUGGCACAAAGACGGUGGACAUGGAGCUUGAGGCUCAGAUUGAUGUGCUAAGAGAGACUAAGAUGAAGUACGAGCGUAUUCUGAGACUAGCACGUGAGCUCACCAACCAUUUCUACAACAUGGUGCAGACUCAGCAGGCCCUUGGAGACACCUUUGCUGAUCUGAGCCAGAAAUCACCAGAAUUGCAGGAUGAGUUUGGCUAUAAUGCAGAAACGCAAAGACUGCUAUGCAAGAAUGGAGAGACGCUCCUGGGUGCCAUCAAUUUCUUUGUGUCCAGCAUUAAUACACUAGUUAACAAAACCAUGGAGGACACACUCAUGACCAUCAAGAUGUAUGAGAACGCAAGACUGGAGUUCGAUGCCUACAGGACCGACCUGGAGGAGUUGAGCGUGGGUCCGCGGGACGCUGCGGCUAUGGUGCGCAUUGAGAUAGCUCAACAGCAGUAUCAAAUCCAUAAAGACAAGUAUGAGCGACUGCACAGUGACGUCAGCAUCAAACUCAAGUUCUUGGAGGAGAAUAAGGUAAAGGUGAUGCACAAACAGCUCCUGCUGUUUCAUAAUGCUGUCUCUGCGUAUUUCGCUGGAAACCAGCAGCAGCUGGAACAGACUCUCAGACAGUUCAACGUGAAAUUGAAGCCACCAGGUUCUGACAAGCCGUCGUGGCUUGAGGAACAGUGAUCGCUUUGUCAAUGUAAAGAGACACUCAAACAUGGAAACCCAAAAGCGGAUUGGACUGAGAUGUAAAA